AUGAAGCGGUAUUUCUCGGCGAGCGCGACUUCGCAAUUCUUGAGCAGGUUCCAAAAACAUUUAGCAAACACGGCUCCUAAGGAACAUGUGGUGAAGACGCUGGUGAAGCCCGUGGGGUUGGAAAGAGCGCCAACUGCUGCUGUGAAGUACCACGAGGGGAACUCUUUUCGAGAGAUGUUCGACAACGCCAAGACAAGCAAGCGCACGGAGGAGCUGGAAUUGGAGUUUAGCAAGAGUGGGUUUUACGAUGUCUACACGUUCCGGAAGACCAAAGGGAAGCUGUUCCUGUCGCCAGCGUCGUAUUGGAGAAAAGACAAAGCGCUAUACUUUCCGCAUCUGCACGGACGCAGUCUGAGCGACAGCUCGACGCAGAACGUGGAGGAUUGUAUGCGAGGCAAGAUCUCGGUGGUUCGCAUGUUCACGAGCGAGGUGGGCGACGAGUUGGUCAAGUCGUAUUUCCGACAGGGCGAAGAGGACUAUCUAAGAGACGAAGCGAAACUCAACACGGCAGGCGACCCAGUGCACACCCAGAUUGUCGAGGUCAACCUGGUGGAAAACUUUAUGAAGUCGCUGAUCGUGAAGAUGUCGCUGGGCAAGAUACGUAAGAGCGUUCCGGAGGCACGUCAUAGUCGGUAUUUCGUGUGUGAGCGUGACCAACUGCCGUUCCUGGUUCGUGAAGAACUGCAAAUGAACAACCUGUAUACGGGCUACGUAGUGGUGGUGGACCCGGACCUGAGGAUCCGGUGGAUGGGCUGUGGAGGCGCGGACCAGCGGGAGUUCAACCUUCUGUGGAAGUGCGUGAGAGGGCUGCAGCGCGAACAGACGCAAUGA